AUGCUGGCUCGGCAUCAGCGGCGCGCACUAUUUCCAGCGUCUAUUCUGCGAAGACGAAGUCUCGCAACGGCUAGCAAUGGCAAACAGAUCGCUGACGAUCAGCUCCUUACCCCAGACUUGGUGGGUCCAUACAUGUCCGAGCGACUGGACGAGUUCUCGCCUGAGCGCAUCCGCAACUUUAGCAUUGUCGCCCAUAUCGACCAUGGCAAAUCGACUCUCGCGGAUCGACUGCUGGAAACUAGUGGCAAUAUCUCGCGUCAAGAGCGAGAAAGUGCCCAAUUUCUCGACAAUUUAAAAGUCGAGAGAGAGCGAGGCAUAACCGUAAAAGCUCAGACGUGUUCCAUGAUCCAUCAAGAUGCAAAAACAGGAGAAACUUUGAUGCUCAAUUUAGUGGAUACUCCGGGGCACGUGGAUUUUAGUUACGAGGUGAACCGCUCGCUGUCUGCGUGCGAAGGAGUGCUCUUACUGGUGGAUUGCUCCCAGGGAAUCCAGGCUCAGACAUUGGCCACUUACUAUGCAGCAAAAGAGAGGAACUUGCACGUGGUGCCGGUGUUGACGAAAAUUGAUGUACCCCAUGCUGAAAUUGAUGACAGCAUCUUGAGUCUAUCGUCAUUGCUGGACGUGGAUCCAGAUGAAGUGCUGUUGACGUCAGCCAAGAGUGGAGAUGGUAUUGAAGAUGUGCUGCCAGCAGUAGUGGAUAGACUACCACCUCCUGUGAAGUGUGAUCGAGAUGCGCCGCUCAGGUGUUUACUGGUGGACUCUUACUACGAUGACUACCGGGGCACCGUGUGUCUCGUCAAGGUCGUGGAUGGCGCGAUUUUUCCAGGUGACAAGAUUUACAGCGCCCAUGAAAAGACAAAGCACGACGUGCAGGAAACGGGUUUGCUGCUGCCGAGACGAUACAAGACAAAGGGGUUGUAUGCUGGGCAGGUGGGGUACAUUAUUGCUGGUAUGAAGACAACGACCGAAGCAAAAGUUGGCGACACGUUUUUCCGUGAAGGUGCUGAAUCGUUGGAUUUGAAAGCUUUGCCUGGGUUCCAAGAAGCCCGGAGCAUGGUCUUUGCGAGUAUGUAUCCCACGGACGAAUGCAGCUUCGAUGAGUUACGUGUGGCCAUUGAGAAACUUACGCUCAAUGAUGCGAGUGUGACGGCUCAGCAAGAGACAAGUGGCGCGUUGGGCAUGGGCUUCCGCUGUGGUUUCUUGGGGCUGCUGCAUAUGGAGGUGUUCCAUCAGCGUCUAUCUGAUGAGCAGGAAAUGCAGGUGAUGGUCACUGCACCCAUGGUACCGUACACUGUGAUCGAUCCAAAGGGAGAAAAGUCUGCUGUUGAGACUCCUGGUGCUUUCCCGGAAUCGACCAAGUAUUACGAGAUCCUGGAGCCCAUGGUAGAGGCAUCGAUUAUCACUCCUGCGUCGUACUUGGGCCCGGUGCUGGCACUUGCUAAAGAGAAGCGCGGCAUUCAGACGAACCUCGUCUACCUCGAGGAUGAACGCGUCAUCGUUACCAUCAACGUCCCGUGGCAAGAGGUGGUCACCAACUUUUACAACGAGCUCAAGACAAUAUCGUCCGGUUACGCAACUCUCAACUACCGCGAGAUCGAGCCACAGAAGUCUGACAUCGUGAAGGUGGACUUGUUGAUCAACGGAAAAGUUCUCGAUGCACUAUCGUUUGUGUGUCAUCGAAGCAAGGCCACGCUCGACGGUCGCGCACUAUGCCAAAAGCUAAAGCGUGUCAUUGAUCGACAGCAGUAUGAAAUAUCGAUCCAAGCUUCACUAGGCGGCAAGGUCUUUGCCAAGGAGCGAAUUGCACCGUAUCGUAAGGAUGUUCUUAUCAAGUCUGGCAAAACCGUUGGUGGAGGUGAUAGUACCCGGAAAAAGAAAUUGCUAGCUAAACAGAAGCAGGGCAAGCGUCGCAUGAGAACUGUAUCUAAUGUACAGCUCUCACAAGAUGCGUUUUGGUCCGUGCUUUCCAAAUAA